AUGGAUCCCCUCCGGCCCAGUGACUCGGCCGCAAACCGCGGACCCCGUUCAAAUGCUCGCAAGCGUUCGAGAGAGCCAGAUGACAUUCCCUCCUCCUCUGCGAUGCCCCCCUCCAGUCCCUUCGCCCUCGCCUCAUCUCCUCCUCCCAUGCCAUUCGACGAGGACGAUGAAGAAGAUGAGGGAGCUGAGGGAGCUGAUCUCAUCCCCGACAUUGACGAUAUUGAUGAGCUGGUGGAGGAUGACGACGGCAUUAACCUGUUCGACGAUAACUUUGAGCGGGAUUACGACAUUAACAAACGAGAUGAGUACGAAAACGAAGACUACAUUGAUGAUGAUGGAGUCCACGAGGAACUUGGCGCUGCCGCACGUCGCCAAUUGGAUGCUCGGUUGAAUCAAAGAGAUAUGGCUCGUCGGCGUAUGCCCGCUGCGUUCAUGCAGGAUGACGAUGACCAAGAAAUGGAUCUUUCGCGCCAACCUCGGCGUCGGCGACACGCUUACGAUGAAGACCGCGAAGACAUUGACAUGGCAGAUGAGGGAAUGGAGGAACUGUCUCUAGAGGAGUUGGCAGAUGUGAAGGCCGCCAACAUCACCGACUGGGUUACACAGCCUCAGGUCCUGCGCUCUAUUUACCGCGAGUUUAAGGCUUUCCUGACAGAGUUCAUUGACCCCAGUGGUCAAUCUGUGUAUGGUAACCGCAUCAAAACCCUUGGUGAGAUCAACUCGGCUUCUCUGGAGGUGUCCUACGCCCAUCUGAGUGAGACCAAGGCGGCCCUGUCAUACUUCCUCGCCAACGAGCCGACCGAGAUUCUCAAAGUUUUCGAUCAAGUUGCGCUCGAUGUGACUCUCUUCCAUUACCCUCAGUACCAUGACAUCCACAACGAGAUUCAUGUGCGAAUCACCGACGUUCCUAUUAUCUAUACCCUCCGCCAGCUGCGUCAAUCUCAUCUCAACUGUCUUGUUCGUGUUGGCGGUGUGGUUACCCGCCGUACCGGUGUCUUCCCCCAGUUGAAGUUUGUGAUGUUCCUCUGUACAAAGUGUGGCAUCACUCUUGGUCCUUUCCAGCAGGAAUCCAGCGCGGAAGUGAAGAUUUCUUUCUGUCAGAACUGCCAGUCUCGCGGUCCUUUCACCGUCAACAACGAGAAGACUGUCUACCGCAACUACCAGAAGUUGACUCUGCAAGAAUCCCCUGGCACCGUUCCUGCUGGUCGUCUGCCUCGCCAGCGAGAGGUUGUCUUGUUGGCUGACUUGAUUGACACGGCUAAGCCUGGUGAUGAGAUUGAGAUCACUGGUAUCUACCGUAACAGCUACGAUGCUCAGCUGAACAACAAGAACGGUUUCCCCGUGUUCGCCACUAUCAUCGAAGCCAACCAGGUAGUAAAAUCCCAUGAUCAGCUGGCUGGCUUCCGUCUGACCGAGGAGGAUGAACGCGAGAUUCGCGCCCUGUCCCGCGAGCCAGACAUUGUUGACAGAAUUGUUCGUUCCAUGGCGCCUAGUAUCUACGGCCACCAAGAUGUCAAGACUGCUGUUGCCCUUUCUCUCUUCGGUGGUGUCAGCAAGCAGGCACAGGGUAAGAUGUCGAUCCGUGGUGAUAUCAACGUUCUGCUGCUUGGUGACCCUGGUACUGCCAAGUCCCAGGUACUCAAGUUUGUGGAGAAGACAGCACACCGAGCUGUGUUCGCCACCGGUCAAGGUGCCAGUGCUGUCGGUUUGACAGCCAGUGUCCGCCGUGACCCACUCACCAGUGAAUGGACCUUGGAAGGUGGUGCGCUUGUGCUCGCUGACCGUGGUACCUGUUUGAUUGAUGAGUUCGACAAGAUGAACGAUCAGGAUCGGACAUCUAUUCACGAAGCUAUGGAACAGCAAACUAUUUCUAUCUCGAAGGCCGGUAUCGUGACAACCCUGCAGGCUCGAUGUGCCGUGGUCGCCGCUGCUAACCCUCAGGGUGGCCGGUACAAUGCUACCAAGCCUCUAUCAGAGAACGUGGAGCUCACUGAGCCUAUCUUGUCCCGUUUCGAUAUCUUGUGUGUGGUUCGCGAUUUGGUCGACCCCCGCGAGGAUGAGCGCUUGGCCAACUUUGUGAUUGAGUCUCACCACCGCGCUAACCCUGCUCGCCCCCUGCGCAAUGAAGAUAACGACCUGGUUGACACCGAGGGUCACCUUAUCAACGACGAAGGCUACCGCAUUGAUCAGCAAGGUCGUCCCCUUCCUCCAACACAAGAGGAAGUUGAUCAGCGCGCUGCCGAGCAGAAGAGGUCUGAAGAAGAAAAGGAGGGCGAGAUCCCGCAGGAGCUGCUGCGCAAGUACAUCCUCUACGCCCGUGAGCGUUGCCACCCCAAGCUAUACCAAAUCGACCAGGACAAGGUAGCCCGUCUCUUCGCAGAUAUGCGUCGCGAGUCUUUGGCCACUGGUGCCUACCCUAUCACUGUCCGUCACCUCGAAGCUAUCAUGCGUAUUGCCGAGUCUUUCUGUAAGAUGCGUCUGUCGGAGUACUGCUCUUCCCAGGACAUUGAUCGCGCCAUUGCUGUCACUGUGGAAUCCUUCAUCGGCAGCCAAAAGAUCAGCUGCAAGAAUGCGCUGACCCGUGCAUUUGCCAAGUACACAUUGGCUCGUCCCAAGCCCCAGUCCAAGCGCCGCGCCGGUGUCGCUGUGCCUAACCCACAUUUGGCACGGGCUACGUCUGCUGCGCGGUAA